AGCUUUAUCAGCUACUAUAAGCUUAUUUGUAUCCAAAACAGGGUCUUACUGUGUUUUUUAUCUCUAAUUAGUUAAGGAAGUAAUAUAAUGAUAAAAUAGUAAAGCUGCAAAGUGUAGAAGUUGUUGGUAGUAGCAUGCACACUGCUUCUUGCUGUUUCAAGCAAAGAGAAACAAGAGAGAGACACAGAGAGAGAGAAAGAGAGAGAAUAUCACUGUUUCAGAAUGUGAUGUGAUGAGUGGUUUCACUCAAAGGACUUCAAAACUCAGUUUCCACUUAUUAGGAUGAGUUCCUUAGAAGAAAAGGUUAAAAGUGUUGGAGCUGCAGGAGUUGGAGGAGGACUUGUUGCUGAGAUGAAAUUGCUUAAAGAAAUGCAGGAACAUUGUGGGGUAAGAAAGACUUUAAAUUCAGAGUUAUGGCAUGCUUGUGCUGGCCCUCUUGUGUCUUUGCCUCAAGUGGGUGGUCUUGUUUAUUACUUCCCUCAAGGACAUAGUGAACAGGUUGCAGCUUCUACUAGAAGAACAGCAACCUCACAGAUUCCAAACUACCCUAAUCUUCCAUCUCAGUUGUUGUGUCAAGUUCAAAAUGUCACAUUACAUGCUGAUAAGGAGACAGAUGAAAUCUAUGCUCAAAUAACUCUCCAACCAUUGAAUUCUGAAAAAGAAGUGUUUCCUAUAUCUGAGUUUGGACUAAGCAAAAGUAAACAUCCAACUGAGUUUUUCUGCAAAACUUUGACUGCUAGUGAUACUAGCACACAUGGUGGCUUUUCUGUUCCGCGCAGGGCAGCGGAGAAGCUAUUUCCUCCUUUGGAUUACACAAUUCAACCACCGACACAAGAACUUGUUGUUCGAGAUUUGCAUGAUAAUACAUGGACAUUUCGACAUAUCUACCGAGGUCAGCCGAAGAGACACCUUCUCACAACGGGGUGGAGCUUGUUUGUAGGCUCAAAAAGGCUUCGAGCAGGUGAUUCUGUUCUUUUUAUCAGGGAUGAGAAAUCGCAAUUGCGAGUUGGUGUCAGGCGUGCUAAUCGUCAACAGACAACACUACCAUCAUCAGUACUUUCUGCCGAUAGCAUGCACAUUGGCGUGCUUGCUGCUGCAGCUCAUGCUGCUGCUAAUCGAAGUCCAUUCACAAUUUUCUACAAUCCAAGGGCAUGUCCUUCAGAUUUUGUUAUUCCACUGGCAAAAUACAGAAAAUCUGUUUACGGGACUCAGCUCUCGGUUGGCAUGAGAUUUGGUAUGAUGUUUGAGACCGAGGAAUCGGGAAAGCGCAGAUAUAUGGGCACAAUUGUCGGUAUCGGUGAUGUCGAUCCAUUAAGGUGGCCUGGUUCAAAGUGGCGAAAUAUUCAGGCCGAAUGGGAUGAGCCAGGGUGUGGUGAUAAGCAAAAUCGAGUUAGUGUAUGGGAGAUUGAAACUCCUGAAAGCCUUUUUAUCUUUCCUCCUAUGACUUCGAGUCUAAAACGGCCAUUUCAAUCCGGAUUUUCAGAAAAUGAGUGGGGGACUUUGUUAAGAAGACCUUUUAUCAAAGCACCUGAAAAUGGAACAAUGGAUCUCUCAAACUCAAUGUCAAAUCUCUACCAAGAAAACAUAAUGAAGAUGCUUUAUAAACCACAAGUUAUCAACAACAAUGGAACCUUUUUACCUGUCAUGCAACAAGAAUAUGUUCCUACACGAGUUCCCUUGCAAGAUAUGAAGUCAUCGCAGGCAAUAGAGAAUCCCAACGUUCAUCUUUCAAGUACAGAAAGCAUAAUACCUAAUUCCUUAAACAUGCAUUCAUUGUUAAAAAGUGAUCAACCUGAAACAUUGCACCCUUUGUCCAAAACUGAUAAGCUCAAAUUAGAAUCCGAGGUGUUACCUGAUAAUAUGUUUGACUUUCCUCCUUUCGAAGGCAGCAGUAUUGAGGCCGCAAACCAAUUAACAUAUCAUAAUAAAAACCAAAUCCAGAAUCCAUCACUCACUCAAACUAGUCCAUGGCCUAUGCAGCAGCCUCAGUUAGAAUCAUCGUUGUUGCAUCCUCAACUGAUUGAUACGGUUCAACCUGAUUCUUCUAUUAUAAACAACAUGCUUCCUCAGCUAGACGUUGACGAAUGGAUGACGUAUUCUUCCUGCCAACAUCAAGUAGUGAAUCCCUCUAUACCUUCAAUGAACCAAGAAGUGUGGGAUAAUUAUGUCAAGAAUUUUAACUUGAAGGAUCUAUCGGAUGAAAGCAAUAACCAAAGUGAAAUUUGUGCCAGUGUUGAUGUUAGUAAUAGUGUGAAUAACACCACUAUGGCUGAUCCUUCUACUUCGCACACCAUUUUCGAUGACUUUUGCACAAUGAAGGAGAAAGAUUUUCAGCAACCUCAAGAUUGCAUGGUCGGCAACUUAAGUUCUAGUCAGGAUGGCCAGUCUCAGAUAACCUCCGCAAGUCUAGCUGAGUCACACGCCUUUCCUCUGCGAGACAACUCGGGUGGUACAUCUUCAAGCCAUGUUGAUUUUGAUGAAAGUAGCUUUCUGAAUAAUAACUCAUGGAAGCAAGUAGCUGCACCGAUCCGAACCUACACAAAGGUGCAAAAAGCAGGUUCUGUAGGAAGAUCAAUUGAUGUAACUACUUUCAAGAACUAUGAAGAGUUGGUCCGCGCUAUUGAAUGCAUGUUUGGACUGGACGGUCUGCUGAAUGACACAAAGGGUUCCGGAUGGAAAUUAGUAUAUGUAGAUUAUGAGAGCGAUGUUCUACUUGUUGGAGAUGAUCCUUGGGAGGAAUUUGUGGGAUGUGUCCGCUGUAUAAGAAUAUUAUCGCCUUCAGAAGUUAAAGAGAUGAGUGAAGAAGGGAUGAAGCUUCUCAACAGUGGAGCAUUGCAAGGAAUCAAUGUUUGAUAUGUUCUUGUAACCUUGUCAUUAACAAAAUGUUAUUGUAAUGUAUGAACUAAAAUAACAUUCAUUUAGGAUUGCAGCAUUGGUAAUGGUAGGUAUGUAUGGACCAUACAACCCUUCAAGGGGGGAAUAUGAGUCCUCUUUAGUUUAUGACAGAAAAAAGUCAUGAUGUUUAAUGAAUCAAAAGGUUAACAUACCUUAAUUUGUAUUGUAUUCUUGGAAGCAAGUGGAAGUAUUAGUAUUAUAUUAUGCUUUAUGUUUUAUCACUCUCUUUAUUGAA